AUGACUGAAGCCGCCAGCCUUUACCCUCCCAUUGAGCAGCGUCCUGUUGCCAAUACUAUCUGUCUCUUUGACGUCGAUGGCACACUGACUCCUGCGCGGGGAUCCAUCUCCCCCCAGAUGCUCGAGCUUCUGUCUCGCCUGCGUCACCGCGUAGCUAUUGGCUUCGUCGGUGGCUCCGAUCUGGUUAAGCAGCAGGAGCAGCUCGGCACGCCGUCGAUCAACGUGACGUCUCUUUUCGACUACUGCUUUGCGGAGAACGGUCUGACCGCCUACCGGCUGGGCGUGCCGCUCGCGUCGCAUUCCUUCAUCAAGUGGAUCGGCGAGGAGGACUACAAGAAGCUUGUCAACUUCAUCCUGCAUUACCUGGCUGAUAUCGACAUUCCCAUCAAGCGCGGAACGUUUGUCGAGUUCCGCAAUGGCAUGAUUAACGUCAGCCCUAUUGGCAGAAACGCCAGCGUCGAGGAGCGUCACGAGUUUGAGCGCUACGAUAAGGUGCAUCAGAUCCGAGCAAAGUUUGUCCAGGCCCUCAAGGAUAACUUUUCUCAUCUCAGCUUGACCUUCGCCAUUGGCGGUCAAAUCUCCUUUGACGUCUUCCCUACCGGAUGGGACAAGACGUACUGCCUGCAGCACAUUGAGGCCGAGUCCAAGCUCCCCGGCGGUGCCACCUUCACUACCGUCCACUUCUUCGGCGACAAGACAUACAAGGGCGGUAACGACUGGGAGAUUUACGAGGACCCGCGCACCAUUGGCCACACCGUGACCAACCCUGACGAUACUGCCGCCGAGCUCAAGAAACUUUUUGCCCUAUGA